AUGUCUGUGUCACGGCUGGAAUCAAGACUUCGGAAACUGUUCAAUGUUCCGCGCAAAGGUGAAACGUUUGAGUUCAGAGAGGGACUUGUUUCGCAGUAUGCAGAUGAGCGCAAGGAUACAAUUCAAAGAGUGAUUGCAGCGAUGACUGUGGGCAAAGACGUGUCAUCGUUGUUCCCGGACAUUCUUAAGAACAUCGCCACACAUGACCUGGAGCAGAAGAAACUGGUGUACCUCUACUUGAUGAAUUACGCAAAAACUAACCCAGAACUCUGUAUCUUGGCCGUCAACACCUUUGUUCAAGAUACCGAGGAUCCAAAUCCGCUGGUCAGAGCACUUGCGAUUCGGACCAUGGGCUGCAUCCGUGUGGACAAAAUGGUCGAUUAUAUGGAAAUCCCUUUGAAAAGGACGCUCAAGGAUGACAAUCCGUACGUUCGUAAAACAGCGGCCAUCUGUGUGGCGAAGCUUUUUGAUCUCAAUUCUAGAAUGUGCGUGGAACAAGGGUUUCUGGACGAGCUGAUGAGUCUGCUGGAUGACUCUAACCAGAUGGUGGUUGCUAAUUCCAUCUCAGCGCUAAUAGAGAUUUCCAAAGCAACAAACUCCAACAUUCUCAAGAUUGACUCGAAGAUCCUCAAAAAGUUGCUAAUGACGCUGAACGAGUGCACGGAAUGGGGUCGUAUCGCAAUUCUCACGGCACUGGCGGACUAUACUGCAGAAGAAGUGGGUGAGGUGCAGCACAUUGUCGACCGCGUCUCACCUCAGCUCCAGCACGAGAACCCAGCCGUUGUCCUCAGUGCUGUGAAAGUUAUUAUCAAGCAAUUGGAUAAGGUAGAUGAAGAGCAAAAGAACUCUCUACUGAAACGUCUUUCUUCUCCCCUCGUUUCCUUACUGUCGACUCCUCCAGAACUCCAAUAUGUUGCUCUCAGAAACAUACGUAUCAUUUUGGAGAAGUAUCCCGUGGUUUUGGCGAGGGAGCUCCGUGUGUUUUUCAUCAAAUACAGCGAUCCGUUAUACCUCAAGUUGGAAAAAAUAGACAUCAUGGUGAGGUUAGCAGACGAGUCAAAUGCGCUGUUGCUUCUGGCAGAACUUCGUGAGUACGCUAUGGAAAUCGAAACUGAAGUGGUAGACAAGUCUGUUAUGGCUCUUGGUCAACUGGCUAUCAAAAUUCCAAAAAUAUCAAAGAAGGCUAUUGAUGUUCUAUAUGAGCUCUUUAUUUCACGUUCUGAGUAUGUCAUUGAUCAACUAGUCGUGGUUCUACAAAACAUAUUGAGGAAGUACUCCAACGAGUACCUCACAACCGUUAUCACGAUCAUUGGAGAUCUCGAUUUGGAGUCUUUGAAAUCAAGUGAUGCACUGGCAUCCUAUGUGUGGAUUGUCGGACAAUAUGCCUCGGAAAUUCCUCAUCUAGAAGACCGUCUCAGGUCUCUGAUGGCGCAAUUCCAAGAUGUAGACCCAGCCGUGCAAUCAGCACUUUUGACCACCAUCGUGAAAAUUAAUCUGACAAAGCCUACGCCAGUGACACAGGGUCUGUUGCAACAGGCACUCAAUGCGGCUACAAAAGAGAUAGAAAACCCAGACGUUAGAGAUAAGGCUUACAUUUACUGGAGAAUCUUAUCCACAGAGAACUCGGAGCUGCAAAAGAAUAUUAUCAUGAAUAAGCUUCCUGUGCUCGAAUCUACAAUUGACCAUUUCCCACCACUUCUUCUCAAUGAACUUAUCAAUGAGAUUUCAAACUUAGGUUCAGUUUAUCACAAGCCUGCUUCAAGCUUCAUCAAAUCAUUGGACGGUGAACUGAUCAACACUCAACUCCAGACUAAGAAAUUCGAAGAAUUGCAGCAAAUGGCCAAAUCUGAGAUUGUCAAAAACACUGUCAAGGCCGAAAAUCUGUUGGACUUUGAUGACGAUUCUGACGCUGCUCAAAACUCAAAUGGACAAUCUGGUACGAAUAGUCCCGUCACUGGAAAUAUCUUGGAUGAAUUGAAUGACUUAUUCACUGAUUUGUCUACGCAGACACCAUUACCACAACCGUCUGGCUCCUCGGUGUUUCAGGAUCUGCUCCAAGAGCCGGAAUCUCAUCAACAAUCCCAGCAACCUAAUCAACAUCAAAAAACUUCCAAUGCUGAUCUUCUAGAUUUGUUUUAG